AUGUCGUAUUACCAUCAAGAACCGCAACCGCCACCCUACAGCGAAUUCCAUGCCGAAAGCAAUACCGAAAGCCAAGAGCAGCUUGAAGAGAAAAACUUCAUCCAACAAACGACUCAAUGGAUCCCCCAAAAUCCCCACGAGCACAUUCUGUCGAGAAACGUGAGAUUGGAGAAACCAAUCGUCAUUCCAAGACUGGCAGUCCACGGCAUGAUGUCGUCUCCGUUACCGUUCUUGAGAGCCUAUAGUCCCGCUUUACGGCAGCUCAAUGUGAAUAUUGAGGAAUUCACGGCAUUUAUCGAUAAUCUCACCAUCGUACAGACGGAGCCGGUGCCACUGCAAGCUCUGAACUUGGUUGGGACGGGAAUCGGGUUCAUACCAUGGCAUUGGGCGCUAGCAGCUGGACUAUCCAUGAACGCGGCUGCUAUUGCCGGAUCCAAGCUUACCAUCAGGGCGCGCACGAAGCGGUACCUUGCGACUGUCAAUCGCGAGUAUUUCGAACCAAGAGGAUUGAAGGCGUCAUUGUACAAAAAUGAUGAUGUAUCGGCCUUAGUAGGAUAUCCAAUGGGCUGGCCGGAGCUUGCUCCUGCGGAGAUGCAGAUGAAUCCUGUUUCCAUGCGGGAUCGUCGUAUGCAGGCGCUAGCCCCGUACAUAGCCCCUCUAUCGCUCGAUGUGCCAGCCCCAGUGCCGCAAGAUAAGAUGCUAGAUAAACUCAGUGCGAAGCUGAUAGCACAUACGAUAGCCAAAGAGAAAAAGGACACCCUGAAGAAACAGAGAAAGCUGGCUCAAGGGGAGGUGAGCUAUGAGGAAUUCGCUGAAGAGGAACGCAAAGACGUUAAGAAAGUGAAGAAGAUGGAUUAUAUUGUCAUCGAGAAUUUGAGGCGAUACCAAUCAUGA